GCUAUGGCACCAAACCUCCCUGCACUGUACGAGCUCCACUUCGCGGUUCCAAUGGCAGGCGCGACUCUUUCCGCGCUCAAUGUAAGCCUUGACGAGCAGGCUUUGACGAUCAUUCUUCACCAGCUACGACCCAAAAUCAUAUUCGUCGACUCCGAGCUUGCACACCUCGUCUCCAAAGUCAUCCACAACAAUAACAACACGCACCUCCUAGAGAACCACCACGAUCACCAACCACUACUUGUCACAAUCCACGACGUCUCACUGGACCGUCGAACCCAAUGGGAUCUUGAGGUUCGAGAGUAUGAACAAACCGUAGCUAUGGGAGAGAGCGAUUUCCAAGCCAUGAGUCCGACCAAUGAGUGUGACCCCAUCUCAGUCAACUUCACUUCGGGGUCGACGGGGACACCCAAGGCAGUGGCGUACAGCCACCGAGCGGCAUACUUGAACUCUCUAGGGCUGAUCCUCCGAUACAACAUGGGGAAGUCGCCUGUGUUCCUGUGGACGGUGGACAUGUUCAGGUGCAAUGGGUGGUGCUUCACAUGGGCGAUGGCAGAGCUCGGCGGUGUCGAUGUGUGUAUUAGGAACGUGUUGGCGAAGAUCAUCUUCGACUCCGUUCAGCUCCACAAGGUCACCCAUCUCUGUGGUAAACCCACUAUCCUAAAUAUGAUUGCUGAUUCCCCACCGGUCGACCAAAAGCCACUGCCUUCCGUGGUGGACGUAAUCAUCGCCGGCGCAUUCCCGACGAAUCCCGUUCUCAAGAGAGUCCAAGAGCUUGGGUUCGACGUUGUCUACGGAUAUGGUACGACGGAAGCCCUGGGGCCCGCCCUCAUCAGACCCUGGAGGUCAACACAACACCACCACCAUGACGAGGACGAAGACAACGACCACGACGAUCAUAACCUGAAAUGUAGAGAAGGCCUCCACAACAUCACACUGGAAGCUGCCGAUGUCAAGGACCCGACCAACUUGCAAAGCGUUCCAAGCGACGGGAAAACAAUCGGAGAAAUCAUGCUCCGAGGGAACACCCUCAUGGCUGGGUACGUGGGCGACCCGGAUGCAACGCAGGAGGCCUUUUCUGGCGGGUGGUACAGGACUGAAGAUCUCGGGGUGCGGCACUCGGACGGUUGCAUAGAGGUGAUUGACCGAGCGAGGGACAUCAUAGUCUCGGGCAACAAUUGGAUCAGCACAUUGGAAAUAGAAGGAGUCUUGUUAAGCCACCCGGAUGUUGCAGAAGCCGCUGUUGUUGCUCCAUACACCGUUGUGGGACAAGUCCCACGCGCAUUUGUGAAGUUGAAGGAAGGGAGGUGUUCCAAAACCGAGGAGAUGGCAGAGUUUUGUGCGGAUCGGUUGCAAGAGGCGGCAAAGGUGCCGAAAACGGUGUUUUUCGGGGACUUGCCGAAGAAUUCCACAGGGAAUGUGCAGAAGUCUGUGCUGAGAGAGAGAGAGCCAAUGCUUGUCCAUAGAAGGAGCACAGCUUCAUGAGAACCAAAACAUCGAGGGAAUUACUUGCGAAUAAUUAGAAUCAAACUACUAGUGUCUUUCUGUGUUAUUGCCCUGUAAUUCCAUAUUUCGAAUUGUCAUGGAGAAAUAAUUGCAUGAUAGUAUUUAAGGUACUAUGAAA